UGCUGUUCAGCCGCGUCGUGGCCCUGAGCGCUUGGCCUGGAGCUCAGCCGUGGACGGCAGCUGUGUCCAUCCCAGGCUCCCGCGCUGCCCUGCCUGGCACACGCUGCCCACUGGACACGCGCCCAGAAAAGGGCUUCUCCACUCAAGGUCUCAGAUAACAGCGGGCGCCGUGGUAUAUAGCAGGAGCCCGGCAGGUAACACGCAGCUGUGUGGCGGCGGCACCAUGCUGGGCCUCUGGCUCCUGGGCUGCUGGGCUGUCUUGGGCGCUGCCUUUGCUGGGCAGGAAGGCUGCGGGAUCCCCGCCAUCCCUCCUGAGCUCAGUGGCCUGUCCAGGGUGGUCGGUGGGGAGGACGCUGUCCCUGGCUCCUGGCCCUGGAUGGUGUACAUUCGGUACAAAGAUGGCAUCUACUUCUGCGGUGGCGCCCUGAUCAGUGAGGAAUGGGUGGUCACUGCUGCCCACUGUAUGGUCACGCCAGGUGACAAGGUGGUGGCGGGGGCGUUUAACCUGGAUUCUGAUGAGGAGGGCGUCCAGGUCUUGGACAUUGCAGAGGUGAUCAAUAACCCUGAUGCCAGUAUAGAGCCUGUGCACAAUGACAUCGCGCUGCUGAAGCUGGCCACCCCGGCCCGCUUCACCGACACUGUGUCCGCCGUGUGCCUGGCCUGUGACGAGGCUGACUUCCCGCCAGGGACACCGUGCGUCAUUACAGGCUGGGGCCAGACGCUCUUGCCCAACCCGGAGAGUUGGUACAAGCUGCAGCAGGCAGUGCUGCCCCUUGUGUCCACUCCCGACUGUCAGAAGUACUGGGGUGCUGACGUCACAGAUGACAUGAUCUGCGCCGGAGGCAACGGGACCGGCCCUUGCAUGGGCGACUCCGGAGGCCCCCUGGUGUGCGAGAAGGGGGGAGUGUGGAGCCAGGUGGGCAUCGUGUCCUGGGGCAGCCGUGAAUGUGACGCCAGCAUGCCCGCUGUGUUCACCCGCGUCACUGCGCGCCUAGACUGGGUGAAGCAGACCCUGGUGGAAAACAGCCUCAGAGCUGCUCUGAGCCUCUGAAUUCCUUCUUGCCCUGCUCCCCACCCAGCCUCAACAGAUUCAUUAACACCCA